UGACCGCAGUUCCCCAGGAGCACCCUGCCCGGCCACCCGAGUCGGGCAGUGGUACUGGCUUGGCCCCUGGCCGCGUCAUGCGCAGCACCACGCUGUUAGCACUGCUGGCGCUGGUCCUACUGUACUUGGUGUCGGGUGCUCUGGUGUUCCAGGCCCUGGAGCAGCCCCACGAACAGCAGGCCCAGAGGGAGCUGGGGGAGGUCCGAGAGAAGUUCCUGAGGGCCCAUCCCUGUGUGAGCAACCAGGAGCUGGGGCACUUCAUCAAGGAAGUGGCUGAUGCCCUGGGAGGGGGUGCAGACCCUGAAACCAACUCAACCAGUAACAGCAACUACUCUGUCUGGAACUUGGGCAGCGCUUUCUUUUUCUCCGGCACCAUCAUCACCACUAUCGGCUAUGGCAACGCAGCUCUGCGCACUGACGCAGGGCGCCUCUUCUGCAUUUUUUACGCGUUGGUGGGGAUCCCACUGUUUGGCAUCCUGCUGGCAGGGGUUGGGGAUCGCCUGGGCUCCUCCUUGCGUCGCGGAAUCGGCCACAUUGAAGCCAUCUUUUUGAAGUGGCACGUGCCACCAGAGCUGGUGAGGGUGCUGUCCGCGGUGCUCUUCCUAUUGAUCGGCUGCCUGCUCUUUGUCCUCACGCCCAUGUUCGUCUUCUGCCAUGUGGAGGGCUGGAGCAAGCUGGAGGCCAUCUACUUCGUCAUAGUGACGCUCACUACAGUGGGCUUUGGAGACUAUGUGGCCGGCGCCGACCCCAAGCAGGACACUCCAGCCUACCAGCCGCUGGUGUGGUUCUGGAUCCUGCUCGGCCUGGCCUACUUCGCCUCGGUGCUCACCACCAUUGGAAACUGGCUUCGAGUGGUGUCCCGCCGCACGCGAGCAGAGAUGGGCGGCCUCACAGCGCAGGCUGCUAGCUGGACCGGUACGGUGACGGCGCGGGUGACCCAAAGAGCCGGGUCCACGGCGCCGCCACCCGAGAAGGAGCGGUCGCUCCUGCCUCCGCCGCCUGCUUUCGAACAGCCCGCUGUCCAGCCUCGACCCCCUGAGCCCCAAGAGAAGGUGGAGCCGCCGUCCCCGCCCACAGCCUCCGCCCUGGACUACCCCAGUGAGAACCUGGCCUUCAUCGACGAGUCCUCGGACACGCAGAGCGAGCGCGGGUGUGCAGUCUCCGGGGCUUCCAAGGGCCGCCGCCGCCCCAACGCCCCCAGGAAGCCCGCGCGACCCCGGGGUUCCGGGCGCCCCCGGGACUAAGGCGAGCCCGUGUAG